GCAUACCACUACUCCCUAAGUGAGUAAGCGGGAGCUGGCCAAUCGUUUCAAGGGAAAAUGUGACUGCUAGGAAUUCCCCACACUUCGGCAUUUACUGAAAACAGUGUAACCUUGUCAGGCACGAGAAAGUAGUGAAGCCAGCGGCUACAGUCAGCUGGCGUGUUCUGUGGAAGAGUCUAGUCUGAAGUUUUGGGAGUAUGUGUUUUUAACACAUGCGUCGGGAGCAAGACGCGUUGGAUACUUCUGAAGGAUGAUAAUGAAAUGUCCAGGAACAGCAUCAAAAAGCAUCAGUAGUUGUUCUGUAUCCAGUGGUGAAUUAGCCUACAUCAAGAUAUUGGGUAUUUUAUACCAUAUGAAACUCAAGGCUUACAAGUGCACGUCAAGGCAAAACUGAUGUUUCUGGUCCAGCUGACAUCAUUCUCUGUGAGGGAACGCCAGAGUGCUUGAGCAUCCCGGUCAGUUGACCCGCCGGAGACCGUCCGGAAGGUGGAGAAGAAGCAGGACCGAUCCGGAACCUCGGAUUUAGAACCCCUCAGCGCUCCUGCCGCCGACCCGCCUCCUGAGUCCAAGCCCCACCCCUCCCGGAGGGGUCGGACCACCCCCCCCCUUCCCCCGUCAACCACCGGCGGCCUCGCCAUGACGACAGCAGUCGUGCCCGGCGAUCUGGUGUUUGAGUUUGCCAGCAACGGGAUGGACGAGAUCAGUCAGCUGGAUGACCCGUCCGUGUUCCCCGCGGUGAUCGUGGAGCAGGUGCCCGCUGCUGACCUCAUGCAGGUGUACUCAGGGCUGGAGUCGGACGAGGUCACCAACGGCAUCAUGGCCGACGCCACCCUGGACGUGGUGGAGGAGCCCAUCAUGGGCGGCGACGUUGGCCUCUCUGAGCUUGUGUCUGGGUUGCUGGCAGAAACCACCGUGUCCGGUGCCGAGGACAACAUGGAGACCGUGGAGGCCGCCGAGGUCCUGCUCAACAUGGAGUCCCCGAACAACAUCCUGGACGAGAAGCGCAUGAUUCACCCGUACGGCACCUUGCUGGAGUCGGACCUCACUUACAUCUCUUUACGACCCGACCAGCUGUCCUCCAUGGACGUGUCCCUGGACGAGGAGACGUCCUCCAUGGACGAGGUUAUGCACAAGAGCCCCUCCAAGCCACCCAAGAAAAAUAAAGUGCGGAAACCGCGGGCAGUGCGGCCAUGUUCCCCCAUCACCAAUCCCUCGCUGCCCCUCAAGAAAAAGAGCAAGGAGGGCAAAGGUAACACCAUCUACCUGUGGGAGUUCCUGCUGGCCCUGCUGCAGGACAAGAACACCUGUCCCAAGUACAUCAAGUGGACCCAGCGGGAGAAGGGCAUCUUCAAGCUGGUGGACUCCAAGGCCGUGUCCAAGCUCUGGGGCAAGCACAAGAACAAGCCCGACAUGAACUACGAGACCAUGGGACGGGCGCUCCGGUAUUACUACCAGCGGGGGAUCCUGGCGAAGGUGGAGGGUCAGCGCCUGGUCUACCAGUUUAAAGAGAUGCCCUCAGACCUGGUGGUGAUCGACGACGACGACGGCCCGGGCAUGGAGCACGGCUCAGGCUACGGAGGAGGAGGCGGCGGCGGGGGUCAUCGUGCCACCAACGGGCGCGGGGGCGUGGGCCGCGGGGGAGCGUCCCGGGGCGGUCAGGGCAAGAGCGGGCACGUGGGCUCCAGGGGCGUGAAGAGGGAGGCCAGUCCGAGCCUGGUGUACCAGGCGGGCGAGAUCAAGCAGGAGCAGCUACUGCAGACGGUCCACGUGCUCCAGCCCAACCAGGGCGCCGCCGUGCCCGCACAGGCCCACUCCGUCAGAACCAUCAACAUGCCAGCCACUGUCCCCAUGGUGCUGACGUCCAGCUCCCAGGCGGGCGGCUCGGUCACUCUGCAGACCGUGCCCCUCACCACCGUCCUGGCCAACGGCGAGGGCGGCCACGGCUCGCCGCCCCGGGUCAUCCUGCACACCGUGCCCUCCACCAGCCCCGGGGGCAAAGACGUGCUGACCAUCCAGACCGCCUCGCUGGCCACGGGCGCCGGGGGUAACCUGUCUAGCGGCGGCGGCGGCGGCGGACUCCACGAGGGCCUGCUGGUCACCAGCCUGGGCUCGGCCGUCGGAGGAGGAGGCGGCGGAGUGAUGACCAGCGCCGGACUGAACGGCCUGACCCGCCUGGUGACGCUCAACGCCAACGGUCAGCCGGUGGUGGCCCAGCAGCCGGGCACGGUCAUCGCCACGGUGUUCAAGCCCGGCGAGCUGCAGGGCCUCUCGGUCAAGGAGGAGAUCCUGGACCCCUUCUACCUGCAGUCGCUGGUCAACUGCGACCCGGGGGCCGGCGGCGGCAUCUACGUCAAGGAGGAGAUGGACGACGGCUACGGCGAGCUCACGUACAGGACUGUGAUCUUCACUCAGGACGACGGCUUCGCCAGCGGCGACGGUCUGGAGGCCAGUGCCAUGAACGGACACUCGGACGCCACCUCGGGCGUGCCUCUGGCCAGCAGCCCCAGCGAGGGCCUGACCCCCGUCGAGGAGCUGGAGGGGGUCAUCGAGCCCAAGGAGCAGAUGGUAGAGGUCCCGGUCAGCGUCGGUCUGCCCACCUCCGACUUCAUCCAGAUAAAAACAGAGAUGUCCGAGACCUAGAGGCACCCCCCCCCAAAAAAACCCCAACCGACCCCCCCAGCCCUCACCACUCCUCCAUCCGCAGGCGUCUAAGAUGGAGUAUGGACACAAUCACCCCAGAAAAAUAUCUAUUCAAAAGAAAACCAAAACCUGACUGCCGUUGUUUUGUUUUUUUUCUUUUAAAGUUUCUUUUGUCCGCAGUCAACCGUAGCAGCAGCAAAUUUGUAAUUUAUUGCUCUUAAGGAAACAACAACAGCAACAAAAAAUCUAGGCCCCUUGCCGGCCGAGGACAUUUGUUUACUCAUAAACGAUGUGAAACUAGUGCCUAAAUUUGAACUGUAAGGGAUCGUCUUUUUUUUUUGCAGAUGUCUGUUUGAUAUUUGGAGGGGGAGGGGCCACUCGCAUGCCCCUCCUCCCAUCCGCAUGAACAUUCCCCCGUCAGGAAACGCAGCCAUUUCAGAAGCAGGGACCACCCGACCAAAUGUGCCAGUGAGAAGCUUAAGUCAAGUCAUCUCUUGCCCCUUCCUUUCCCCCCACCGCCCAUCAACCAAAGAACGUCACGGGAUGCAACUAAACUGAGCUGUCGGAAAUGAUAUACUCUGGCGAUGGCGAAACCAAGACACGACCUUGUCAAGGACACUUCGAGGGCGUGCAGGUAGAACAGACUGUGUUGUUAGUCUGAGCCGACUAGCCAGUGGGUCUUCCACCAUGGUGAACGAACAGCCGGAUAUCAGGGGAGUGAAAUAAAACAAAGAAAUGCAAGAAAGAAAUAACCAAAACCAACGAAAAAUGCCUCACACGCCUAAACUGAACAGUGCCUUAGCUAAAGCAAAGAGGGAGGAUGUUGUCUUUUGUGUCGCCAUGCUGUUCUCUCUCUCAGACUUUCCUUUCAAGGUGCUGCCGUUCGGCAGAACGCACGCCACCUCUCGCACGAUGGACGUGACUCACCGCUCAGUGACUUGCAGUCCCCCCGUUCCUCCCCUGUUAUCACGCCGUCAGUGCUGUGUGAUUCUCUGCCGAGACCUCGUGGCCUUAACACACUGUGUUUCUAUGGAAAUGGGCAUUCACUGUCUCCCGCGGCAACCCAAUUACAGAUUACAGAUAGUGUAUAUAUACUUGCAGACUUUCAACCCAGAGACAGAAAAAGAGUAUGAAUUUGGGAACAACUCCGAAGCUGGUGAUUUUAAGGCAAAAACCCUUUUUUGCUUCCCCAGAAUAAAGUCCUGUUAAUAUGAAAUGGAAAUAUAGAAAUAUAUAUAUAUAUAAAUAUAUAUAAUAUACGAUUGAGAUUCAAUUUUAAGGCCACAAAUUUAUUUAUUUUGUGAAUUUCUAAAUUCUGUAUAAAAAGGCUCUUUUUUUAUUAUUAUUUACCUACAUAUGCAAAAACAAAACAAAUACGAGGGAACGUAUAUUCAGUAGUAUGUACGAACCAGGAAUUGAAAUGUUUGUUUGUCUCAAGCUGUAUCUGUUUAUCUUUUUGAAGCAUUCCAUAUACUCUGCACUCCAAUGUUUAUGUUUUUUAUUGUUAUGUUAAAACAACAGAAAGUGAAAACCAUGCCCCCAUGCCUUCUGUCAUCUCCGUAAAUAGCCACUGUGAACAUAUCAUCUGAUGUGUUGUUUUUAUAUGGCAAAAUGCCUUUUUCAUUGUGCUUCUAAACUCUCUGAUGGCGUAUCUGAGGCAAAUUUACCCCCGAAACUGGCAAGCCAGUGAAAGCUCCCACCGGCUCCAAAUGUUAUUGGUUUCACAGUCAACCCCAUGCUCACCUAAACCAUAUUCCUCUCUAAAGAGUGUGUGGAGCACGGCCGAGGUGAGGAUAGGAGCAUUUCUCCAUAUUUGAAUGAUGUUUACUCCCUCCCCAGUGGGCGUCUCACACUCCAUGUGACAUUUCCACAUUGAGUCGGAUGGGAGCCGAGGACUCGCAAGCUGAGGCCUUUAAAAAUCCCAGGCCUUGUGUGUGUGUGUGUGUGUGUGUGUGUGUGUGUGUGUCUAUGUAUGUAUGUGUGUGUGUGUGUGUGUGUGUGUGUGUCUGUGUGUCUGUGUGUGUGUGUGUGUGUGUGUGUGUGUGUGUGUGUGUGUGUGUGUGUGUGUGUGUGUCUGUGUGUGUGUAUGUGUGUGUGUGUGUGUGUGUGUGUGUGUGUGUGUGUGUGUUUGGGGUGGGGGGGUACAGGGCUGUAAAGCACACUGCACCCAUAUUGAUCCUGAACUCAAUUUGUACCGAAUUGGUGGCCGUGAUUGACUCUGCUGUCUGAAAAGGGGAGAAGUCUGGAUGGCCCUCGGUCUGGAGCCAGAGGCCAGGCUCAGAGAGAGAGAGAGGGUGGGGAUCAGUGGCCAAUGCCCCAACAACUCUUCUCACUCUCCAGAAGAAAAAAAAAAUCCCUCUGAAAAGAAAGAAUCUCGUUCCUGAUAAAUUGGCACAAACACUGGACAAUCGGCAUUAUGAAAUGUUACAGCAUUGAAAUCGAAAAGGAAGUUAGUGACAAUCGGCGAUUUUUGGCCUUGCCUUAACCCCCCCACCCACCCACCCCCAUCCCGUUUAAUGCCUUACACAACAAGCACAGUCAAAUCCUUGGACCUUGGCCCCGCUGGCAAAGGUUUGGUUUCUGGGCCUCAGCGUUGUUUCUUCUCCCCUGACCCCCAGCACAAGGGUCUGGUAAGGGUCAGAGUGUGUACCAGCUGUAUUCCUCUGCCCGAGUCCUGCUGUUUUCUUCUCUCCUGUUAUUGUUAUCCUUUGUGUUGGUCUGGAGCUGCCCGAAGAAGGCACUCCGUAUGCUGAAAUAGUAGUGUAGAAAUGUAUUUUUUUUUUCUAAAACAAAGAAAAAAAAUGUAAUAAAGCUCAAUUUUGCUUAAAUGA